GUUCUGUGUCACGAUGUUCCAAGUAACUUGACACGGUCGUGAUUAGAGACAGAAACUGUCUCGUCUGCUGAAGUUUAGCUCCAUCAAAGUUGUCCUUGAGUCAGAGCUGUUGAAGUUUAUCAGCUGGCCCCUAACAGUCAGAUGAAUGUUCGGUAGAAGCCGCUAAAAUCGCACAAGUUCCGGUUUCAUGUGAUUAACGAUGCUCCGUGUCUCUGUCAGCUGUUUUACUGAGCCAUGAGCUCCAUGAAGAGAGUCCAGUGAUUCCACUAGAUGGAUCCUUCCAGCGUGAUCUCCAGGAUCCAGACCUGCACACACUCAGACUGCGGGGAUUUAUCUGCCUUGUAGUAGGAUCGCAUCACUCACCCCGACUGGUGAGAGAGCAGGAAUUUGUGUGUGUGUGUGUGCGCGGUUUGAGGGCGUGAUCUCAUCAUUAAGAGAAGUAAGAAGUUUCUGGUUUGAAGUGAAGAAGAGAAGCAGCAUUAAACCAUCAGAGCUCUGACAUGAAACACACUUUGGUCUGCUUCAUCUUCCUCACAGCACUUCAGGAUGGAAACACUGGUUUGGUCAAAGCACAAACUCUCACCCGCAGAGCAGAGGAAGGAGGAAACAUCACAGUUGGGUGCAACUUUUAUUUGUCUGGAAGCAGGAAACUGUUCUGUAAGAAAAAAUGUGAAAAUGGAAACAUUCUUGUUGAAACAUCUGAUGAUGCAGCUCAGAACGGCAGAUACAGCAUUAAAUAUGAAAACAAAGGUGUUACCUCAUCUGAUAUUAUGUAUGUGAGCAUCACACAGCUGAACCAGUCUGACUCAGGAUGGUACAGGUGCUCUUUGGACAGAAUUUUGAGUCCAGAUGGAAACGAUGAUUUUGAGCUGAUUGUCACAGCAGCUUCAACCACUUCAACACCAAACGGGACUCUGAGACCUUUUUCAGCUUCAGUGUUUCUCUCAUCAGCCUCCACACCACCAACAACACAGAGUUUAAGCUCAACUUCAGGAAGCUCCACACCUUCAUCAGCCUCCACACCACCAACAACACAGAGUUUAAGCUCAACUUCAGGAAGCUCCACACCUUCAUCAGCCUCCUCUGGAAGUUCAGAUGUGCUGAUUUAUGUGGGUCUGAUUCUGGUCGUUAUGAUCGUCGUCUUAUCAGCAGCUCUGCUGAUUUUCUACAUGAAGAGGAAGACCACUAAACCCAGAGGACCUCCUGUGGAAACAGACACAGAGGUCAACAGGUUGUAUGAAGAGAUCAGAGAGUGUGACAUACCGAGCAGGUCACCUCCUGUAGAAGUGUCUUCAGUGUAUGAUUACCCCAAAGGUCCCCGUUCAGAUGGAGAUGAAAGCGGAGGCAUCUACAGCCUCGUCACCUCUACUCAGAACAACGCUGAAGACAACUCACAUAGUCUCUGUUACUCUGAGGUGGAUUUUUCCCACAGUCCUGACACAAACGGCGCCCCCUGUGGUAACACAGCUGAUGUUGUCUACUCCACGUCUUCAGAGGACCUCAGCACCACCAACCACACCAAAGACGCUUCACCUCCUCUGUACUCUACUGUUACAUCAGUAUGAACUACAUCAGUACUUAAGCUAUGGAUGAAGUCUUAACUCUCUAAUUGGACAACAGCUCAACACAAAUGAUACAAAAGUUAAUUUAUUUUUCUGCUUUUGACAUAUUUUUAAGUUAAACAUGGAGUCAGCCUCAGGAUAAAGUGACUUUUAUUUUUGCUUAACAUUGAACUAAAGAAUGUUGCAAUACCACAGUUAUAAUAGCAGAUGUUAGCAUUACGGUGUGAUGCUACAGCACAGAUUCAGUAAAAAGAGAACGAUGCAUUUUGGAAAGACUUCCAGCCUCCUGUACUCGUCUCUAGAGUAGUCCAUCAUUGCAUUUAGCAGUUGAGUUUGCAGAAAGUUAUUGUACAGACUGUUGUGUGAGGAUGAAUGUGCAGAGUGAUUAGGUCAGCCCGGAAGUUUCACCUCUUUCAGAUGACGUUUAGCUGACAAAAGCCGCAGCAUGUCAGUCACAUGCAGAUAAAUAAACUACUUCAAGUGGUGUUAUUAUGACUGAUUGUUUCAGUCUUCACAAGUCAGUCAUAGCAGACCCAAAUUUAUAGCAGGAAUAGAUUUUCGGCCUUCUGUACAGAAGACAAAAAAUGGGUUGUUAUAGCAAAUUUUUAAUGCAUGACAGAACAGUUUUAUAUUGCUCCCUCAUUUCCAUUCUGAAGCUUAAAAAUCACACAAAGUGGAAAAAACAACUGGAUAUACUGCAGGCGGUCUUCUACCAGAGGCCUCGGAGCUUGAGGGUCCUACGCAGAUCCGUCUUUGCUGUUCCAGGACUGCGCUCUUCUGGACAGAGAUCUCGGAUGUUGUUCCUGGGAUCUGGUGGAGCCACUCCUAGCUUGGGAGUCACUGCACCGAGCGCUGAUUACCACUGGGACCACUGUUACCUUCACCCUCCACAUCUUCUCGAGCUCUUCUCUGAGCCCUUGUAGCUGUCCUCGAAGUUUGCAGUGUUGCCCUCAGGUAGUGCAUCAGUGAAUCGAUGUUUCAUUCACUCAUACAGCUUGAUGUUAUCCAUGUAGAGGAUGGGCUGACGAUUGCUCCGUUCUGUAGUCGGUAUCCGUAGCCAGUCUUGUCAAUGAUCUCACUGAGGGGGUUCAGGCCUAUGCAGAACAGCAGUGGGGACAAAGCAUCUCCUUGGUAGAUCCCACACUUGAUGGCGACAUGCUAUUGGCUUGAAGUAGGCCUCCAGUGUUGUACGCCACAUCCCCAUUGAGUUCCUGAUGAAGGCUCUUAGGGUCCUGUUGAUCUUGUACAGUUCUAGGCAUUCCAGGAUCCAGGUGUGGGGCAUCCAGUCAUAGGCCUUCUUGUAGUUAAUCCAGGCAGUGCACAGGUUGGUGAGCCUGGUCUUGCAGUCUUGGGCGACUGUUCUGUCUACCAGUAGCUGGUGUUUCACUCCUCUGGCAUUCUUGCCAAGUCAUUUCUGUGCCCCGCUCAUCUUAGCCUCUAUGAUGCCUGACAGGAGCUUAAAUGUGUAGUUAGAGAUAUAUAUUGAAAAAUUUAGCUGCCGUUGAAUCACAAUGUACAUAGUUAUUGUGGCACAUGUUUUUCCUUUACAGACUUGUUUAAAUAAUUAACUGUAACAAAUUAACAUUAACUUUAUACCCAAACAACAACAACAACAACAAAAAUGAAGAGAUGCAGUAAUUUACAUAUUUUAAUGAAAAUAAACAUGAACAUUGGCAUUUUAACAGUGUAUGGUCUUUAUCCUUUACAAAAUAUCUUAUAAAUAUUACAAUACACACAUUUCCUUCACUUGUGCAGUGGAAGUAUUUGAGCUCAGCUUCCUCAUACAAAGAAUAUUUACCUCAGUUGCAAAUUAAUUCAAUGCAACACGUCUUAACUAGUUUUGCCUCUUUAUUUCAACUGUGUUGGAUCAUUAAAUGUAUUUAUGCAAAAGUAGCAACAUAAAAAUAUUUCUGUGGCUUUAACUUAUAUGAUGCUCCGACUGCAACGCUGCUGAACUGCUGCGUGAUGCGUCUGUGUUGUCAAAAAAAUGAAUUUAAGUUAACAGAACUUAGAAUGUAAAAAAGGGAAGUAUAAACCAAAAACACACACUUGGUAAAUAUUUCCCUUUACAGCACCGCAGUGCUCGAAGAAUAAUAAAAUUAUAUACAUAAUAAUAUACAUAAACUAAAUACAAAAUGUGAAUGUGACAUUUAAAUAACAGUGACAGGUAAAAAUUUAUUUGUGGCACAUUACAGGUAAACACACUGAGGAGGAGGAGGAUGAAGGUCAGCUGACAGAAUAAAAGCUGCAUAGAGUCAAUAUCACAAAUCUCUAAUGUAGAGAAGAUGAUUUUGGAAGCUCGCGUGCCGUUUCUACUCUCAAGCAGAUUCUUAUCUUUAAGUUCACCGAAGUUUUGAGCACUUUUCUGACUUUAUCAGUGCUGCUGUUUACUGCAGUGUUCCACAUCCUCUUAUGUACGUAUGAAGCUCUGAAGCAUCUCAGUGCAAAUCACAGAGUGUGGAUUCUUCCUCACUGGCUGUAAAACAUCAUGUAAAACACGUCUUUACUGGAGCAGUCCAUGUCUGAUUGCUCCAUCAGCAAAUUAUACAUUUAAUGCUUUUGCUGGUUAAACUCAAUAAGCAGACUGAUUUUAUUUGUGUAGUUUGUCACAGUGAACGUCACAUUGGUUCCAUGUUAGUCUAAGUUGAGUCCCGGCUGAUGUUUGAAAUAAUUCCUUUUAAAAAAAUAAAUGUAUUUAACCCUCACUUGAUGCUGCUCCAGAUUUCAAAGUGUCGUUUACAUCCGGCUUUGUUACAAUAACGCAGCACACUGGCUGCGCAGUCUGUCUGCCCACAGCUCUUCACAUGUGUACUAAACACACACAAGACAUGCACGGCUGCAGUGACACACCUCACUUACACAUGAUAUUAACAUGAAGAUCAAUCUUAUUAGAAAAUAACAUUUAAAGGUGAACACAGUCUUAAAAGCACAUGACCUUCGAGUUAAAAAGACAAACUUUGGCUAAUUCAGGACAACAAGAGCUACGGGUAGGAGCAGAUAAAGUUUUAGGCUUUUUUAAAAACCAAACGGAUCGUAUCCACAGUCUGAGAAGUUUACUGGGACUCUUUGGGGUCUUGUAGCAGAACCCUGGUCCAAACUCAUUCAGCUCUCCUGCUCGAGUCCAUAAACACACAAAGGAAAAUAAGAUCAGUGGAAGAACGUGGAAGUCAAAUCUCAGGAUGAACAAUCAUGUUUCCAACGUUAUCUGUAAGAGGAUAAGACACCUGCAGGUUUGAUACUCAAAGAGGAGACACGAUUCUUCAUCCACAGGAUUAUUAGUAAUAAAUUAUUAUCAGGCAGUUUUUAAAUACACAACAUUACAAUAAGUUACCUUAAAUGUAGAAAAAUAUUAUAUACUGUUGGUACUUAGUGAUAAAAUAAAGUCUGAGGACUGUGAUGCUAAAAGGCAAAGUGCAAAAACAACUGAGGCUCAACAGGAAGUGUUUCUGAAGCCUCCUUUCAACAAAGGCUAGAAAAGGUACAUGAAGUCCACAUGAACGACUCUCCUAUCAAUCUUCCACUGGUGUCCUGACACCAGACUUCAACAAACGUCCUGCUGGAGGCUCCAGUUUGGUUAAAUAUCUGUCCCUUUAUGAUGCAAUGAAAACAAAACCACUGAGCGAUGUGUGAUUCUAAGGUAGCGUUCAUAAACAGAAACUCAGGAGCUGCGGUGUUAAUAGUGCAGAAAAAGGAAGUCGGUAGCCACAGCGAGUUCCUGCUGUUAACAUCAUGAAUGUGUUUGCACUUCACUUUAACAAGACGUUCAAGUUUCAGUGUCCAGAAAUAUUUGUGCUAAAAAUGUAAAUGAGUAUUGCAGAACUGCAAUAUCUCUAAUUUUAGAUUAGGCUUAAAACUUUCCUUUUUGCUAAAGCAUAUAGUUAGGGCUGGACCAGGUGACCCUGAAU